CUUGCUGGUUUGGAAGUCCUUUGCGGAAGAUGGAGCACAGUGAGCCCAAUGGCUGAGAGAUCAAAGGAGGGUGAAAGACCUCAGAAGAAGGCGAAAACUUCCAAGGCUGGGCUUCCAUGUGCGCUGCCCGUGUGCUUCAGCUGCUUCAGGGUGGUUACAUCGAUGGUGAGCGUGGCUUCCUAGUCACUGGCAGCACAUGCCAGGAAGCCCUACGAGGCCUUAAAGAUUUGCGUUUGUGGCUAGAAGUGGAGGCUGAAGAAGUGAAAGCAAGCACUGGCUCCGUGUCUCAGAGUCUGGAUGCAGAACUUGCAGAGCUCCGGAGUGAUCCCGCUGAAAGGAGAUUCCUGACUUAUGGCAUGGUUUGCAAGCAGGUAGCGUUUCUUCGCACUCAACAUGACCAAGACGUUCCCUCAGCGUUGGUGUCCCGAUUUCUGGCGCCAGAGGCUUCCAAGAGAUUCGUGUCGCGCUUUGCCGAUCGAAUACUUCCGGUAGACUUGUCCUCGCAGCCCAAAGCUGAAUCUUUUAGCCGUCUGGCCAAAGAUGUUCUGGCGGCUCAUGCUGGGCGGCAGUGGCGGCUGCUGUACGAGCCCUUCCGCGGUGGCUGGAACACCAUUUCAAGAGAGGAUGCCUUCGAAGCCUGCAAAGAGAUUCUCGGAGCAGACAGCCAGUCUGUCGCUGAUCCGGAGAUUACCGUGGUUUGCACGGUGCAGCCCAGAUUUGUAGGCUUGGCUGUGGUGAACAUUGACGUAGACUACUUGCGGGUCGAAGAUGAGUGAAGCAAAGUACCUCCGGUGGUGCCGAAAA